AUGUCCGACAAGAACACCUCCACCCUCCAGUCCUACGUCGACUCGGCCACCAGCGCCGUGCAGUCUGCCAUCGGCGCCGUCACCGGCAACCCCGCCGACAAGAAGCAAGCCGAAGACAAGAAGGCCGAGGCCCAAGCCAAGGAUGACCUCUCGCACGCCGCGGCCAAGGCCGGUCCCUUCACCGUCAGCGCCUCUGGCGUCGCCAAGGACGACCCCAACCGCACCCAGGGCUCGUGGAACCAGACCGUCGGCUCCGGCAAGGAGAUGGUUGGCAACCUGGUCGGCAGCGAGUCGCUGAAGCAGGAGGGCGCCCGCCAGAACCAGGAGGGCAAGGGCCAGGAGGCUCAGGGCCAACUGAGCGACCUUGGCGGCGGCAUUGCCGACAGGGUCAGCGGCACCAUCGGUGGCGCGGUUGCCGGCCUCACCGGCAACGAGGAUGCCAAGAAGCAGUACGAGAAGCAGCACGACCAGGGCAAGACGGCCCAGCGCGGCGUCGAGGCCGAGCUGCAGAAGCAGGCCGAUGCUCAGAAGUAG